AUGGUUGAAUUUAAAGGACCUGGUUAUACAAGCAAUUAUAAUAAUUUUGCAAUUAUCAUUCCAGCUAUUAUAAUUGUUACUCUUAUCGGUUAUUUUGCUUAUCGUUUGGUUGAUAGUUUAAUGUCUAAAAAACGACAAAAAGAAGAAAAAAAUCGAUUAAGACAAAAGAAGAAAGAAAAACAAACAUCACCUCAAACAUCUCCAAGAAGCAAACAAAAAUGA